AUGGUUGAUCAACACCCUACAAUCAUGGAGAAGGUUACUGGCCAGGUUCACCGUAGAUCUGGUGUUUCAUCUGGUUAUGGUGGAAGCUUCCGUCAACCUGCAAUGUUCCAAAAAUACUCCUACGGGAAUUACUCAAAUGCUGCUUUGGCGCCUGCAUGCAGAACUACUGUUGAUCUAUCUGCAGUUGCAACUAAUGCUUCUCCUAUGUUUGUUGCUGCUCCAGCAGAGAAGAGCCAUUUUCUUAUUGAUUUUCUCAUGGGUGGUGUCUCAGCUGCAGUUUCCAAAACUGCUGCUGCUCCCAUUGAGCGUGUUAAGCUUUUGAUUCAAAACCAGGAUGAGAUGAUCAAGACUGGAAGGCUUUCUGAGCCGUACAAGGGUAUUGGUGACUGUUUCAAAAGAACAACUGCUGAGGAGGGUAUGGUUGCUCUAUGGAGAGGAAACACCGCUAAUGUUAUUCGUUAUUUCCCCACUCAGGCAUUGAACUUUGCAUUCAAAGAUUACUUCAAGAGGCUUUUCAACUUCAAGAAGGACAGAGAUGGUUACUGGAAGUGGUUUGCUGGUAACUUGGCAUCUGGAGGUGCUGCUGGUGCUUCAUCCCUCUUGUUUGUCUACUCAUUGGACUAUGCCCGUACCCGUCUUGCUAAUGAUGCUAAGGCAGCUAAGAAGGGUGGAGAAAGACAAUUCAACGGUCUUGUCGAUGUCUACAAGAAGACCCUUGCAACCGAUGGAGUUGCUGGACUUUACCGUGGUUUCAACAUCUCUUGUGUUGGAAUCAUUGUGUACCGUGGUCUCUACUUCGGAAUGUACGAUUCUCUCAAACCAGUUCUUCUCACUGGAAAAUUGCAGGAUAGCUUCUUCGCCAGUUUUGGUCUUGGAUGGCUCAUCACCAAUGGUGCAGGUCUAGCAUCAUACCCAAUCGACACAGUUAGGAGAAGAAUGAUGAUGACAUCAGGAGAAGCUGUCAAGUACAAGAGCUCCUUGGAUGCGUUCCAACAAAUCCUCAAGAACGAGGGAUUCAAGUCAUUGUUCAAGGGAGCUGGUGCUAACAUCCUCCGAGCUGUGGCUGGUGCUGGAGUGCUUGCUGGUUAUGACAAGUUGCAGGUUAUUGUUUUCGGCAAGAAAUAUGGAUCUGGUGGUGCUUAA